AUGGUCACCAAACUAGAGUUACUUUGCGAUAUUGCACUUGCAGUUGAAGCGUUUGGAGUUUCCACGCCAUCGGAUCUAUGCAUGUAUAUACCCACUCAGUCACUACUCUAUACAAACACGCAAGAAGCGUAUUCUAAUUCACUUGUAAGAAAGAAGACAACUGGAAGGCCAAAAACAGUUAAUCAAAUUAAACGUCCAACCCGUUUUGUCAAUAUCCUCCCAGCACCCAUGCAGCUUUGUCUUUCAUCUGCCACAUCAGAUGAUGUCAAUAUCAUACCUACACUUUCCAACUCGAGCCAACAUUCUAAAACUACAUCAGUGACCUCGUUAAACCCAUAUCCAGCGCUAUUGGAUACAGCCAGUUCUGCUGAGCACAUCACACCAAUAAGCGACAAACGACAAACCAGUACCGAACGUGUUCGUGCUCAUCGGAUUAGAAAGCGAAUAAGGAUGGAAGAGGCUGCUCAGCGCACCAUGUCCCAUAAUCCAUAUAACAACAUUGCACUUUCGGCAGAAAUGAUGACUGAAGCAAGGCAGAUCUCCAUUACAGCUUCCCUUUCCAAAUCUCGUCGACACUCAUCUAUAUCUGUAUUGCAGUCAUCACGCUCAAAUGCGUCUCCUAUGCGAAUUACGCGACGAUCGGCUGCCGCUAUGGCUAUAUCGAAAUAA